UGCGGCCAUGGCCGAGGCCGGGGAGCCGGAGAGGGGCGCCCCGGGUCCCCAGAGCCCGGCCGAGGAGCCGGCGCUGCAGGAGGAGAGACGGGGCGAGCCGGGGGCUGCCGGCCCGGAGGUGCACGGGGAGGAGGCGAGCGACGGCGCGGCGGAGGCGCCGAGGGGAGAGGGGGCGGAUGCAGCCGGGACCGCCGCGGUGACGGAAGGAGAAGGCCCGGGGCCGGACGGAGGGCGCGCGGGCGAGGUGGCGCCGGGCGCGGGCGGUGACCCGGGGGCCGAGCCGCCGGGCGCGAGGGGAGCGCAAGGCGAGGCCGAGGCGGAGGGGGUCGCCCGGGAGGGAGAGGAGCAGGUGAGCGGCGCGGAGCAGGUGGAAGAGGCAAGCUCAGGGCGCGGCGAGCAGGGCGAGGCCCCCGGGGAGGCUCAGGGGGAGCCGGGGGACACUGCGGCCCCCGAGGCGAAGGGAGAGGCGGAGCGCGGGCCCGAGGAGCCCGGGGCGGUGGGGGACAGCACCGACGCCGAGGGGCCGGCGGGGGACAGCACGGUCGCGGAGGGGCCGGCGGCGGACAGCAUGGAGGUUGGGGGGCGGGCAGAAGGGGCACACGGGGCCGAGGGUGAGCCCCCGGACGGAGGGGACGGCAGCCCCCAACCGCAGGCCGAGGCGUCCGAGGCCACGGCGGCGGAAAGCGCGGAGUGCAGCCCUGGGGAGCUUGCGGGGGAUCCUCGGGGUGCAGCGACGGCCGCCCCGGAGCAGGCGGGGGCCCAGGAGGGAGCAGAGUCGGAGGAAACGGCUCCCGCGGACGCGAGGGCAAACGCCGGUGAGGACGCGGACCAGGGUGGGGCCCGGGAGGAGACGGAGAAGGCCGAGGGAGAGAGGCGGGAGCCGGGUCCAGAGGGGCCAGGCGAGGAGUCCACUGCCGGGGGCGAGGAGGAGCCCGCCGACCGCAGCGCGGAUGCGGAGGUGGCCCCGCCGACGGGGGCGGCGGAGCCCGAGGCCGAGCUGAGCAACCACCUGGCGGAGGAGGGCAGCGCCGAGCGCGGCGAGGAGCCGGCGCGGGUGAACGGCCGCCGGGAGGACGGCGAGGCGUCUGACGAGGGGGCCCUGGGGCAGGAGCACGACAUCACCCUCUUCGUGAAGGCUGGUUGUGAUGGGGAGAGUAUUGGAAAUUGCCCAUUUUCUCAGCGUCUCUUUAUGAUUCUCUGGCUGAAGGGUGUCAUAUUUAAUGUGACAACAGUGGACCUGAAAAGGAAACCCGCAGACCUGCAGAACCUGGCUCCCGGCACCAACCCGCCUUUCAUGACUUUUGAUGGUGAAGUCAAGACGGAUGUGAAUAAGAUCGAGGAGUUUUUGGAGGAGAAGCUUGCUCCCCCAAGGUACCCUAAGCUGGGGACCCAAUACCCUGAAUCCAACUCUGCAGGAAAUGAUGUAUUUGCCAAAUUCUCGGCGUUUAUAAAAAACACCAAGAAGGAUACAAAUGAGAUUUAUGAAAGGAACCUGUUAAAGGCCCUGAAGAAGCUGGAUAAUUACUUAAAUAGCCCUCUGCCCGACGAAAUUGAUGCUUACAGCACCGAGGAAGUCGCUGUUUCUGGCAGGAAGUUCCUGGACGGGGACGAACUCACGCUGGCUGACUGUAACCUCUUACCCAAGCUCCACAUUAUUAAGAUCGUGGCCAAGAGAUACAGAGAUUUUGAAUUUCCUUCUGAAAUGACUGGCAUCUGGAGGUACUUGAACAAUGCAUAUGCCAGGGAUGAGUUCACAAACACGUGUCCAGCCGACCAGGAAAUUGAACAUGCAUAUUCAGAUGUUGCAAAAAGGAUGAAGUGAAGCCGGGGUGUUUUCUGUCUUAUUCCUCAGUUGUGUGAGCUCGACCAUGAAAAGAGCUUGUCCUUUGUGUUUCCCUUCCAAUAACCAUCCUAUGCAAAAUAAUGCCCAUAUUUUAACAACAUCUAUGUCAUAGCAUGAUCCCCUCAACACCAAGUGACACAUAGCCUUAGAAUUGUCAACCCACCUGUGUAUCUGAAUGAUACCUGUAUCUGCUGUUAUACACACCAGUCAUCCAGUUUAUGUUCGUUUAUGUCUGUGACACUCACUGAAGCUUGUAAUCUGUGAUAUUUAGGGCAGGUGUUUUGCAGGUUAAGUUUCAAAGCAAAUAAGGCUUAGGUUCCGUUUCUCCUUUAUUUUUAAAACAUGUCUCUCUUGACAGUUUUCAUAAUCAAGUAUAGCCUAUUUUUCUGCUCUAAAUAGUAGUUGGAUUUGUUGCAGAAUGAAAAUACUGUUUUUGUAAUUACAAAAUGAUACACACUCAUUUUAAUUCUUUAAAACCAUGUCAGAGGGUAUGAAAAAGAAAGAAAGCACUCACUUAACAAUCUCACUACACUUAGAUGACUGCUGACAACUUAUGAUGAACGUCGUCCAAAUCUUCAGACUCUUGGCCUCACACACACAAUCACACCACACACAAUUUCACACCUGUGGGGUAUUGUAUUACUUUAUUUUAAAGGACUGGUGAGGGGACCCUUUGGUAAUGACUACAAAGUGUGAUCACAGAGCUGGAGAGGACACUUGUGGUCAGAUUUCACAGGGGUGGAGAACUGUAGAGUCCACAGACCCACAGGGACAGGCAGGGACCAGCAGGGACCAGAAGCCGUGGAGGUUUUCCCCACCCACUGCCUUGUUCUGUCUUCACGAUGCCACCACCCCUGGUGCCAGGGAAGGCACAGAGGAGAGUGUCCAUCUAUGUCUCUCCUUCCGGCUUCCUUUUGUGCGAUCUUCUCCUGCUCCCCCACCCCUCACGGAGACCAUGCCUCAGGAGGACUCUUAACAUCAGUCGAAUGUUGGAGGGUCUCCCUGCCCUGUGUUGAAAUGUGAAUCAAGCACACUUCGAUUCCUUCCGACGGCCACGCUCUCUAAGACCCAGCACUGCACACCUUCGGCCAUGAUGUCGUGUGGGGCUCACCCAGUUCCUGCUGCUCCUCUAUCAUGUCACUUCAAGGUCAAGCCAGGAAAAUCCAGGGAGAUUAAAUUCAUGGUGACUACUCUUGGGCAGUUCUGGUAAAAAGUCAAGUUGGGGAGGAAGUGGAAACUAUUGACUCAAAAGAGUGUUCUGGUGCGUCUGUGGCUUCCUCUCCACCAUCCCUGGAGUCAGCAUCUCAGCAGCCUCUGUGUGUGGGCUGGAGCUGGCCUCCAACUCAAGGCACAGAGGGCGGAACGGGAGGAUGUUUCCAUCUUCAUCAGGACCCGCAGGUUUGAGCAUCAUCUACCAGGCUGUGUCCUUUUGACAUGUGCACACCUUCCGGAAAACCCUCCUGUCCAGUUGGCUGCAGCAUAUGGUCAAUGUUACAUGCUUGUUAGAAAAAAGAAAAAGUAUACAUCUGUUCCUUGGGAGAUGCGUUUGGAAGAGAGUAAAAUGCGUUAACAGUUACUGUUCUGGGAUUGAGUGAAAAGUGUAAGAGAAACAAACUCCUUGGUACAACGGCCACUUUCUCUCCCCUCUUACAGGAUGCCACGCUCUCACCUGGGGGCGGCUGACCCCAGCCGGCUGUGUGCUUUAUUAGCAUGUAUUUUUGGAGGUAGCAUAUGUCACUAUUACUCAUGGUUCACAUCUAUUUAGGAGUCAGGUUUUUUAGAUGAG